AUGAAGCCAAGCACAGCUCUUGUCCUCUUUGCGUCACUCGCUACGGCCUUCAUGGGCAUGUCCGACUCCAGCGACGACGAGUCCGCCAACGAAGACCUCGCAAAACUGAUGGAAAAAGCCGAGAGCUGGGCCGGAGUCUUAUACAACGAACCCGAGGACAAGGCCGUUGUGAAAGAAGCCGACUCUAUGGACGAGAUCGGCCGCGUGAAAAUUUCCGACGGGUUGAAAAAGGAAUUCCAGGCAGCCAAAGCCAACACGAAGGAGCAUCGGGCGCGGACCAGCCCUGCGGAUGAUGCUAGGGGGUUGAUGCCUCGGUCUGCAGGGGGUGCCUCGGCUUGUGAUACCUCCAGAUAUUGCGCCAAUAACCCAUGCCCGGUUGGAACGUGCUCGGUUUGCGAUGGGGACUCUAAAGAUUGUCUUUGGCCUGGGUAG